AUGCGUAUAAUUCCAAUUCCAAUCUUUGAGCAUAAUUAUUCCUAUCUCAUUAUCGAUGAUAAGGCGAAUGAAGCUGCAGCAGUUGAUCCAGCGGAACCUCAUAAAGUUCUCCAAGUACUUGCUCGCACAGGUGCAAAGUUGACGUCUAUUCUCACUACCCACCAUCAUCAUCGACACGCAUUUGGUAACAUUGAAUUGGUAUGUACGAAGCCUCAUUUAGCUGUCUAUGGUGCUGAUGCAAGGAUACCUGAAUUGAAUUAUGUGUGUAAACAUAAUGAAGAGUUCACUGUUGGAACUCUCAAAGUCAGAUCAUUGCACACCCCAUGUCAUACUCGAGGUCACGUGUGCUACUACGUUCGAGAUGGGACGGAAAUGAAUCAAGAUCGUGAUAAGGCCGUGUUUACCGGGGAUACUCUGUUAGUUGGUGGAUGCGGGAAGUUCGUCGACGGAAAGGCCCAGGAUGUGUAUCAUGUACUAUAUAAUAUACUUGGCCGAUUGCCAAAGGACACAAGAAUAUACUGUGGUCACGAAUAUACUCUAGAAAAUUUAGAGUUUGCUAGCUCGGUAGAUCCCGACAAUCCAUACUUACUCAGGAAACUAGAAUAUGUUAGUCAACAUCCGAGCGCUAUAUCCUCCACAAUUGGUGAGGAAUUGGAAUACAAUCCGUUCUUGCGAGUUUCAGAUCCAGCGAUCCAACGUGCCACGAACAAGACUGACCCAUUCGAUGUUCUCGAAGAACUACGUAAUCUUAAUGAUCACUACUAUUCGCACAAAUAA